AUGAAUCAACUAUUUGGAUAUGGAAAGUAUGCCCUGUACGAAUUGGAAAGGCGAGCCAUUUUUUCCAGGAAAUGGUUGGCCGUAUCCCAUGAAUUACGAUUAAGCAAACCUGGUGACUUUGUCCAAAUUCAAGAAGCUGGAUUCUCAUUUUUUCUUAUCAAGGAUAGACAAGGAACUAUAAAUGCUUUCCACAAUGUCUGUCGCCAUCGGGCCUAUCCAGUUAUACAAGAGAAGUCAGGCUGUGCAAGCAUUAUUUCAUGCAGGUACCAUGGUUGGUCGUACGGAUUGAAUGGAAAGCUCGCCAAAGCCCCUCGAUAUCAGGACAUAGAGGCUUUUGAAAAAGACAAAAACGGUCUUUUCCCAAUUCAUGUUCAUGUCGACAAAAUGGGGUUUAUUUGGGUAAAUCUCGAAGCAUCGGAGAAGCCAGGUGUCUCAUGGGAAGACGAUUUCUCUGGCAUAGACGAACAGCCUCGUUUACUCCAGUUUGAUCUCUCUGAAUUUCGGUUUGAUCACCAAUGGGAAAUGAUCGGGGACUACAAUUGGAAAACUUUAGCCGACAACUACAAUGAGUGUUAUCAUUGUCCAACUGGACAUCCAAAUCUUUUAAAUUAUACUGACCUUUCAAAAUAUUGGGUCGAGACGUCGGGUGGUCAUAUUCAGCACUUCAACACCGAUCGACCAAAUCGGGAAGGAAUGGGGGUAUACAGUACUUUUUACUUCCCCAAUGCAUCAAUCACUAUCUCAAAACAUUUCUUUUACAUCAUGCGUUGCAUUCCAAUAUCAGCUUCUCAAACUUCAAUGGAAUAUGAAGUCUAUCGUAGUAAAAACUCGACUGACGAAGAAUUCAGUAAUAUGGACAACAUAUUCAAACAAGUCUUAAAAGAAGAUAAGGAUCUGUGCAAUGCAGCCCAAAAGAAUCUCAAUGCCGGAAUAUAUGUGAAUGGCCAACUGCAUCCACACAAUGAAAAAGGACCUCUAUACUUUCAAGAUUUGGUCAAGGAACAAGUCAUGACUCACCGGGGGCGUGAGAAAGAAAAUGGUGCCGAUAUCUGGCCUGCUACCCCUGCCCCAGACAUGACGCAGAAGUUGCACGAAGAAAUUGAAUUUUGCAAGAGUCUUGACUGUGAAGCAGCCAGUGGGGGUAAUAAUGGGCCAUUAUCUUGGUAA